AGAAACCUGGUGCACUUCGUGCGUAACUGGUGACACUGGUUUGAAUAUUGGAACGAUCGGUGCAGUGCACUGGUGUAACUGGUUUUAAUAUUGGAACGGUCGGUGCGGCAAACCAGUGUAACCGGUUACACCGGUGCGAAUAUUGGAACGUGCCCCGGGUAUUUUCGAAUUUAUUUGCUUACAAAAAAAUUAUGAUAGUUUUUUUUCUCCAUUAAUUUGAUAAACUUUCUUUUAUUUAACAGUUUUGUCAUUGUUAUUCCCUUACCCCAAAAUUAACAAUUUGAUUGAAGAAAAAAAACUAUUUUUUUCUUAAAGAUCAUAUCUUAUUUUACAAAUCAUGGAUUGGGUACAUUGUAAUAAUUGUUUUUUAUUACCAGAUAGUGAAAAAAGCUUUUUUCUUACAAGUUGUGGUCAUAUUUACUGUCGUGAUUGUGAGGAAAAUUGUGCCAGAGGACAGUGCAAACUAUGUGGAAAUCAAUGUACAACAAUAAUACUUUCAUCUAUGAUGAAACCUGAUGUACAAGUUUAUUUUACUGAUCCUGAUGAAUUAUUGAAAAAGAAAGUAAAAGAGGUACAACAGGUAUCUGAAUUUCAAAAAAAUCAUCGAGCUAGACUUGUAGCUCAUCAGAGAAAACAGCUUAAAAAGUUCAAAACAAUUAGAGAAGAUUUCCGAAACUUAAUAAAAAAUUUGAAAGAACUGGAUAAUGAACGUAAAAAACUUCUGCAAGAAAAUGAUGUGAUGAAGAAAUAUAUUAGUAUGCAGAGAAAUGCAUCAAGUAGCAACCCUGGCUCAGCUCAAAGAUCAGAUAGAGGUAGAAAAUCUCCAUAUGAGGAAAAAUCUCCACUCUCUACUCUUAACACAGUGUUUACAAAAUUUACUGAUAAAAGAGGGGAAAAUUCCAAAACACAGAGAAUAACUGUAAUUACCCCUCCCUCAAAUGGAAAAAUAGGUGUUAUCCCUAGCACUGAAUCACCAUCAAGUUGCUUAAGAAAGCUUAACCUGUCUCGCUCAACUGAAUCAUUGCUAGAUAGGAAUACUCCUCAGUAUAUCUCACCAAUGUCUACUCCAGGAAGUGUUUGUGAUAAGUAUGGAUCAUUUGCAACGCCACUGAGCUCUGCCGGUGCAGCUACAACUUUGGAUGCAUAUAGCUCACCUACUGAUUUUUAUUUGAAGAAUCCACAUUAUAAAAGGGACAUAAAGAAACUUGUGGUACAUCCUUACAGCCCAGUUGAUUGAUGUAAUAAAACUGUUAUCUAUGAAUUGAUCUGAAUUCUAUCUGAUCUUUGGCAGAAUGCAAACUUAUUGCAAUAAUUAACUUAUUGGGUGUCAAAUACUGUAUAAAAAUUUGUCUAUAUUAUUAAAAAAAAACCUUUCUGUAGGUUGUGUGAAAUAAAAUAUUUAUACU